AUGACUCCAAAGAUUGAAAUUAUGCCGACUCAAAAGAGCUACAAAAAACAAAACGAAAAUGCCAAAAACAAUAAUUCCAAAAGCAGCAACUCCAACGAUGAUUUCAACAAUAGCAGUUCUAAAGAGACUUCAAGAACAAUAACUCCAAAGUGA